AUGCGAGCUCUUUUGGUAGACUUUUCUUUCGAGCAGGGGGUCCUGUUCAGAAAGCCCAACACUCGGGGCCUCGUGCCGGGUCAACUGGUCGCCUUUGCCGCGGAUGGUUCGCCAGCUCGCCCAACUGCGGCGUCUGCAGCUGCCGCAGCCGACAGGUGGAUUACGGAGACGAUGGACGAGGACACGGCCCAGGACUACGUCACCGGCGAUUCGGCGGACGAGGCCGAGUUGCUUGCGGCGGACACGCCGCAGGGGUUGCCGGCAGGCAGUCCUGCUCAGGACAACGUGCUGGCCAAGCGAGUGGCAGAGCUCGAAGCCCUCGUGCGCCAGCAGCAGCAAGCCCUACAAGCAGGCCAGGACUUGCAGCGGCUGCGCACUUUGGCGGGGCCUGCCCCUCGACGUCUCGGAGCUCACGAGCAUGUUGCUCCAGCAGUCAAGCCCGAGGCCAGCGCGGGACCGGCAAUGGUCGAGAUGAACUUGGAGGCGACCGACCAAGAGGAGGUGCAAGAUCUUCUGGAUGGGGGCGCAGUUCAGGAUCCUGUUCAGCGGAUGUUGGCGUUGCAAAUGCGGCAAACAAAUACUCUGCUGCAGCACCUGCUUGGUUCCAAGUCCGUAGCCGACCCAGUCCAGGCUGCCCUAGCAGGUGGAGAUGGAAGCUCCAGUGGAUCAAGCCAGACCGGGGUGAAGGGCUGUGUGGCCCGCGAAGCAUUCGUGAAGAUCAUGAACGACCCCAUCCGAGUGGCAGACCUUGUCGAGGCAAAUGCGGCCCAAGAAUUGGGUCUCAGUGCCAACGCAACACCCCCAAACCUGAUGCUGGAUCUUCAGGGCUUUGCCGCCAAGGGCUUGAUGUUCGUGGAGCAGACCUGUCUGGACGGAGGCCGAACUCAGUUGGGUUGGUUGCUGACGGGCGUGUCCGAGCCCAACCUUCAACUCCUCCAGCUGAACAAGAAGAAGUCUUCUCUGAAGCCUUUCAGUCGUCUUGCACACGCCUCCUGGGUAGCUGCAAACGUGUCCUACCUGCGCGACCUGGACUACUUGGAGGGGCGCAUGAAGAACCUUGGCGCGACCAAGGGCAAGCAGACCGAGCAGAUGGAGGAGGAGCCCAACAAGCGAAAGCAGUUCCGCCGAAAGGACAAACGGCAGGGCGAGGACUCCACGUCUGCGCUCAAGGAAGUGUACGGCCGCAUGCCCAAGGUGAAAGUAUCUCCGCCGCUGCGACUUACCCGCGAGCUCUGCGGUUGUUGGCUCUGGGGAAGGAUCCUGACUGGGUCUUUGAACUUUGUGAAAGUUUGCCUUUUAAGAUCGAGCUCUUCUGCUUUGGGGCGGGUCUUCCGAACCUCACUUGGGUACAUCUUGGGGGGUGGCCUCUACCCUGGUCCGUCUCGGGAGCAGCCCCAGUGGUUGGUGGAUUUGCAGCAAGGAUCGGGCGCCACGGCCCUCUAUCUGGCCACGGAGAACAUUCCACUGAUCGCAUGGCGGGGAAGGCGCGAGCUCGUUGUGACACCCCACGGCCUGGUGUCCUUUGUUGGGUAA